AUGCCAACAAUAAGUGCUGCUCUUACCGUAUCUGUGAUCGGAUCAAGCCUUAGUCAUUUCUGUUUUCCGAGAACUAUUUGCGCAACGCAUGUACUGUACAUAAGUAUUGAUUUAUUGACUAAAUUAUCUUCCGGCUUUAUUUCUACAUGUCGCUUGUUAAAUGAUCAGUGUCUCAAUAUCGUGUGCUAG